AGAAAGCAGUUGCACUGGUUCAUUAAACAGCAAAAAAAAACAAAAAAGCAUUUCGUGUGGUUGCAAGUUACCCACUGCACUAUUAUUAGGUAUUUGCAUGCAGUCACUUGUCUAUUUGUUCGUAAAUGCGGCUUAGAAAUGAACAACAAAUUGUUAAUUGUGCUUCUGUUAAUACUCAUCGUUUCUCAAGCAAUUAUAGAUGAACAAGUUAUUGACUUUUACUCUGAUAUAAUUUCAAAAGUUUAUGACAAUGGAUUACGAUACAGAUUUCCUAAAAAUGCCUUUGAACACUGUGCAACUGAAAAACCGAAAAAAUAUGGAAGUUACGAUUUCGUUAUAAUUGGAGCUGGUGCCGGAGGUUCAGUGUCUGCAAAUCGAUUGACAGAAGUGCCUUACUGGAACGUGUUAUUACUAGAAGCUGGACAAUAUGGUAAUAUUUUAACAGACAUCCCUGAUAUGUUCUAUCCUAUUCAGUUUACUCAUUAUAAUUGGGCUUACAACAGUACUCCACAGAAGACAGCAUGCUUAGGAUUAGUAAACAGGGUUUGUCUUUAUCCAAGAGGAAAAGGUGUUGGAGGCUCUUCGUUAAUUAAUGGAUUAGUAUACGCUAGAGGACACAAAAGUGACUUUGAUAAAUGGGCAAAGGCAGCUGGAAACGAACGGUGGGGUUAUAACAAAGUGUUAGAAUACUUCAAAAAAUCAGAACAUUUUGUACAUCGAGAUCCUGAUGCACCAUACGAACCUAAAUUUCAUGGACACGGAGGGUAUCUCAAUGUUGAAUAUCACCUAUACAGAAGUCCACAUCUGAAUGUCUUUCUGGAUGCUCAUAAAGAGAUUGGCUUGGACAUUGUUGAUUAUAAUGCUAAUAGAUUAGGUGCGUCACCAUCGCAGUUAAAUACAUUUCAUGGUACACGUCUUCACAAUGCAAAAGCCUUUUUGUAUCCAAUAAAUAAGAGGUCGAAUUUGAAUAUUCUGACUGGUAGUUAUGUAACGAGAAUUAUAUUAGACACAAAUGUUAAUCCUCCUGUUGCUGUUGGUGUUGAGUUUAGUCACAACGGACACAAUUACUAUGUGGAAGCAAAAAAAGAAGUUAUCCUAGCAGCUGGAGUGUUUGGCUCCCCACAGAUUUUAAUGCUGUCUGGAAUUGGACCUAGAAAACAUCUUCAAGACGUAGGAAUUAAAGUUGUUAAAGAUCUAGAAGUAGGAACUACUCUGCGAGAUAAUCCUACAUUUUUUGGACUAAGUUUUUCAACUAAUUACACAGAACCAAUCAGACCCUUAAAAGACUAUGUGAAACAAUUUUUGAAUGGUAUAGGACCGUUGACAGUUCCUGCAAGUAAUCAGGGUAUAGGUUUUUAUGAGUCGAGUUAUACAAGAGGAACAGGAGUGCCUGAUAUUGAGUUAAUGUUAAUUCCUGCUAACUCUUCAAAUAUUUUAUCUCAAAGGAGCUUUGGUUUGACAGACCAGACAUACGAAGAUGUAUGGAAAUAUGUUAAUGCAACUCAGACAUUUACCGUUUAUGUUGUAGACUUACACUCACAGUCUAUAGGUAGCGUUAAAUUAAAAAGUAAAAACCCUUACGAAUACCCAUUAAUAAAUUCAAAUUUUCUAUCUGAUCCACAAAACAGAGAUAUAAAUACGUUGUAUGAAGGUAUACAACUUGUUUUGAAGAUGAGCCAAACUAAAGCUUUUAGAUCUAUUGACGCUAAGUUGCAACCGGGAUUUUUAAGAGCUUGUAAACAGUAUCGACACUUUUCACGAGAUUAUUGGUACUGUGCUCUGAGGCAGUUGACUAUAAAUCUUUAUCAUCCAUUAGGAACUUGUCCCAUGGGAACAAAUCCAAAAAAAGGUGCAGUUGUUAAUUACGAAUUAAAGGUUUUUGGUAUUGAAAAUCUAAGAGUAGCUGAUGCAAGUGUGUUCCCUUUUACUUUGGCAGGGCAUCCAAAUACACCUACAGUUAUGGUUGGAGAGCAGUUAGCCGAUUUGAUUAAAUUUACACAUAAAGGGAGUUCAGGUUUGUGGGAUUAUUUUUUAUAAAACAUUGUAAGCAUAAUUUUCUUGAUUUUUUUAUUUUUUUUUAUUGUAAUAGUUUAAUGCCUUUUAGUUUUGUUGUCAGUAUUUGUAAUUUUAAAUAAAAUAAAAAAAUACUGAAUA